UAAUUAAGUUUGGAGACCGACUCAUGCAUGCAGCAGUAUAUAGCCAUAUCGACCAUGCAUUGUCCUCUGUAAAAGCAAAGCAGUAGCAAAACAGAAGUGGGUGAACGUGCAUUUGUUUUAAUUACAAUAUGGGAGGUGCCAAAGGAGGUGGUGGAGGAGGUGCCAAGGGUGGCGGUAGUGGAGGAGGUGCCAAAAGUGGCGGAGGAGGUGCCAAAAGUGGCAGUGGAGCAGGAGGUUCCAAAGGCGGUGGCAGCGGAGGUGCCAAAACUGGCGGUGGCGGAGGAAGAACUGGAGGGCAAGUGUCCUCGGGUGCCAGUUCUGGUGGAGCCAUGAAGGCCCCCGGAAGAGAUGCUACAAUAUCCAGGGGCGUCUUUGAGAGUAACCCUAAGGGCUAUUUUCAAGGCCUCCACGCUGACAGCAAGUAGUAGUAGGGACAUGACGUACCAUGUGUAACAUAGAUGUAUAUGAAUAAAAACCAGUGUAGUACUGGUACGUAGAACUCUGGCUUGCUUUUGUUAAUAUGGCGGCGGUCGUACAUGUAUAUGUAACCAGUAACCAUGUAUAUAUAAAAAAGAGUACGUCUGGACUGGUACGUACUCUUGCUUUGCUUCUUUUGGCCUCCUAAAUCUUAGAGAAGUCU